AUGCAAAACAAAUAUAAAAAAAGACAUAAGAGUAUAAAACAAGUUAUAAAGAAGUAUGAUAUAAGGCAUGAAAAAAUAGAAAAAAGAUCAAAAACGAUCAAAAAAAAAAAAAAGAUAAAAGAACAUAAAAAAGAGUUAAAGAAGGAUAUCAAAGCAGUCGUUGGUGAAGAAAAAGAAGAAUUGCACAAGGUUGAAGAUUUCGUUUUAAAAGAUCAAGAAGAAUUACGUAGUGUCGAAAAGACGGUCUUGAAAGAAGAAGAAGACUCGCAAAAAGUGGAAGAGUCGAUGGAAAAAGAAAAACAAGAGUUACAUCAGGAUGAAGAUUUUAUUUUGCAAAGAGAUGAGACGGUAAAGAAACUUGAAGAAGAAAUCAAUCGUAUCGGUGAAAAAUUGAAUGCCCAACGAGAAAGUAAUCAAUACCCCUCGGGAUCCAUAUCAAACUACAACCACGGGUUCUGA